AAAAAAAAAAAGCAGAAAUCAUGGCGUCGUCCGUAUAAAGAAAGUGACGCUACGCUUGGUUAAUUGAUGAAUUUAUUGAUAUAUAACGUUGAUUUUUCAGAUAUUUGACCAGAGUACAAAUAUUCACACGUCAAUAAAUAAGCGGACGUGAAAUCAUGGCUGCCCCAAACUACAAACAGAAUACAUCCAUGUCGAUGCCAAGCCCCCAGAGCAAUCCGCACUACAUGAUUGCGGGGCCCCCAAUGAGUUUCGGUAUGAUGAAAGGCGGUAUGAAUGCACCGCCGCCGCACCAUAACCAAUACCAGUACCACCCGCAAUACCAGGGUGGACCCCAGAUGGGUCACCCAGGUCACCCGGGGUAUGGGUGGCAGCAGAAUCAACAGCCACAGGCUCGUUUCGGUGCAGAGAGCGCGCGGCGCGCUGCUACCGGGGGCGCCGCCGGACAGGGCGCUCAGGCCGGGAAGGAUGAUAAGACUAGUCCGUUCAUAUCCACGGUGCAUUCACACCCUGGCUUCCAACCGCAGAAGAUUGGCAAAGGAUCUCCUAUUGGUGCGGGGCUCCCCAAACCGCCGAAGCCGCCGGAAAAGCCUCUGAUGCCUUACAUGCGCUACUCACGCCGCGUGUGGGACAGCGUGAAGGCAGCUCAUCCGGACCUCAAGUUGUGGGAAAUAGGCCGCAUCAUCGGUGGUAUGUGGAGGGACCUGCCUGAGUCUGAGAAAUCUGGGUUUGUCGAUGAAUAUGAAGCUGAGAAGUCGGAGUACGAAAAGAGUCUAAAGGCAUACCACAACUCCCCCGCCUACCUCGCUUAUAUCGCCGCCAAAAACAAGGCAGUCGUGGGUAACCUUGAAGACGAGAGCUCUAACAAGAAGGGCAGCUCACAGAAGGAACAGCAGCAGCAAGACAGAAGAAUUGACAUCCAGCCCGCGGAAGACGAAGAAGAUCAAGACGAGGGUCUGUCAGUGAAGCACGUGUCCUACGCCCGCUACCUGCGCAACCACCGGCUCAUCAACGAGAUAUUCUCCGACACCGUCGUCCCUGACGUGCGCUCUGUCGUCACCACUGCUAGGAUGCAGAUCUUAAAGAAGCAAGUGCAGUCGCUGACGAUGCAUCAGAAGAAGCUAGAAGACGAGCUCCAGCAGAUAGAGGAGAAGUUCGAGGCGAAGAAGCGCAAGUUCAUCGAGAGCAGCGAGUGCUUCCAGGAGGAACUUAAGAAGCACUGCAAGCCAGCGGUGGACGAGGAGACGUUCGGCCGCAUGGUGGAGCGCGCGCUGGAGCAGAUGCGGCGCGGCGUCAACCCGGCGCACGCGCUCACGGCCAACGCCAACCCGCCCGUCGCCACCGCUGAGAAGAAGGAUGAGCCAAUGGAGACGGACCAAAACCAGAAGCCGGAGACCAACGGACCCAACGCCCCGACACAGGUGGACAAGGUGUCCACGAGCGAAGCCAAGACCGACGGCGCUCCUGAGCCCAGCAAGGAAGAGGACAAGAAGGAGGCACCGCCUAACGGACUCGCCGCAGACGGCGAAGGUGAACGCAAAGAAGACAAGCUACAAGACAUAAAGCCGGAUAUCAAAGAUGGCAUGGUCCCGGCUCCGGGGGCGCCUCCUAUGGGCGCGCCGCCGAUGGGGGGACCUCCAAUGGGUCCUCAAGGUCCACCAGGGCCUCAAGGUCCGCCGGGGCCCACAGGUCCGGCGGGACCCCCCGGUGGUCCUAUGCCUGGUGGGCCUGUACCUGGAGUCCCCGGGGCGCCUCCUGGACAACAUAUGGCGUCUCCUCCGCACCAUGCUAUGAUGAUGCCUCCAAACCCGAACGCGCCGCCACAUCCCGGAGCACCACACCCUGGUCCGCCGCCAGCAGUCGGCGGCUACGGCGCCCCGUACGGCGGGCGCUACUACGGCGGCUACGCGGGCAGCUUCCCGGGCGGCUACCCCGCGCACCCGUACUACGGCUCGGGGCCCGAGCACUACGCGCCGCACCCGCACCACGCCGCGCUGCCGCACGCGCCGCCGCUGCACGCGCCAGGCCAGCACGCGCCGCCGGGCUCGCACGCCCCCGCCCCGCACGCACCCAGCCCGCAUCCGCCCGGCCCGCACGCGCCGCCACACGUGGCUGGCCCGCACGUGCCCCCGCACGCGCCCAUGCCGCCGCACGCGCAACACCCGCAGCACCCGCCGCAUCCCGCACCCAUGCACCACGAGCCCGCCAAGCCGGAGGAGCCGCCUGCGAAGAAAGAGGCCGAAUGAUUGUCACCAAAACGCGUCGUCAAACGACGGCGCAAGUCCUCUUCGAAGGACGCCCAGUAGACCGUCUACUAGAUCAGUAGACCAUCUACUUAUCGCUGCUUGAGAGACAGUAUUCAGUGAUCAGUGACGGACUAUAGACUAUGAAACCGGUUUCUAGUGGAUAGAACUGUGUAACUAAAGUUUUGACUAUAAAAUCUUUAAAGGGACCUACGUCUGAGCGAGGAAAGCGGAGGAACACAGGCAGAUAUAAAGCAAUAACAUUGUUUGAAUCAUGCAUCAUUCCUCCUCAGGCAAUGAUUAUUGGUUCCUAUCUUACACGACCUCUAGUCUCAGUAGUACGGUUGUUUUGUCCGGUCACGUACUACUGAGCCCUUUUUAGUCUCAUUAGUACGGUUAUGACUUCAAACCGAACUGUUGAGCCUAUAGCUGUAGUUCGGUUAGUGGUGGGCAAAACCUGGUGUGACCACGAGUCCGAAGGGCUUUAAAUAACAGCCGGCAUUCGGGCAAAGCUCACUCUGCAGUGAAUGUUGGCAGAAGAACAGGUUCUAAUUUUUUCACAAAGAAAAUGAUUUUGGUUCCGAUUUUUACUAUUAAAUAUGAGUACUGAAGUAGUACUGAGGUACUGAAGUUAAGUACAAGAAGUAAGUAAGUUAUGUUAUGUUUUUUUACAAAGAAAAUUAUUUUCGUUCAAUAUUAUUUACUAUUUUAAAAAAAAUAUAUAUAACCUAUAAUAACCAAAAAAGUCACAUAAGUUCGGUUUGACGUCAUAACCGUACUAAUGAGACUUUUUUGGUAUCAGUAGUUCGGGGCCGGACAAAACAACCGUACUACUGAGACUAGAGGUUACACGACUCCUUCGCUUCGUUUAGGUAUAGUUUUAAAAAAAUCUGUCUGGACUUAGAAUAGAGGUACAAGUGAUUAGAACGAAUAGUGAUUGGCGUAAAAUUAUCGCCUUCACAAAGUUAAAGAUAGUAUGACGUAUUUAUAGGGAAUGAAUGCUUCUAAAGCCAGUAACUAUAGCACUUGCUUCGUAUUCAAGCAUUUAUAACAAAUGUGGAAUGUCGACUUUUAAUUAAAAUUAAAAAUAAGGAUGAAAAUACUGAGGGGUUAAAAUGGCCACAUCGAAGCGAUUCAUCUAAAAAAGCAAUAUUGUAAUGAAAGUAAGUGCGCAAUGCAAAAUGUCAAAUUGCAAUAUUGCUUUUUAAAUGAAUUGCUUUGAUGUGGCCUUUUUAUCCGCCCUGUUAAGUUUAGGCGUCCAUAUUACUUUUAUUACAUGAUUACAUUGGGAUGGUAACCUAUUAUUGUAAAAGUAUCUAUGACUAAGUAAAAGGAAAUCUAUCACCAUGUAAAGGCUCGAUUGGUUACAAGGGGUGGAUCUGCUUACUCCAAGAUUUUGAUGUACUGUAUGUAGGUAUAGAGAAGUGCUAGUAAUGACAACACAGUUGUUAAAAAAUUUAGAAGAUAACGUGAUUAGGAACAGUGUUCACUUGAGUAAAAUCGUCAUGUAAUGUAUUAAUUAAACAUCAAUUUAUUUACAGCUUUUAUACAUUUAAUAUUGAUUCAGCUGAUAUUAAGGACUACAUUUGUUAUACAAACGUAAAUAAUAGGCGGUUUUACGACAUAAAAAUAGAAUAAAUAAUAUUGAAAGAUAGGCAUUGCUAUCAUAUUUGUGUUACACAUAUAAGCUCAAAUGACUACAUGAUAAGAAAAAUCCAAUAUAGGUUAGCAUCUUUCAUGAAACUAUGAAAAGUGAACACCAUUUUACUUAAAAGGUGUUCAUUUUUCUCAUCGUCAAUCAUCUUUCAUCAUCACCCAAUUCUUGAUUUCACCAUUUCUCAUCAACCAUUUUCACUAAAGAAGCUAACCUAUGUUUAGGCCAGCUCGCUGUAUAACGCGUGCUCAAUCUUUUUCUUAGACGUUUGUUUGCGCUUUACCUCAUGGCUGUAAGGCCCUAUGUCCUUUUAAGAUCUAUUGUUUAACUAUUGUGUCUGGAACACCGAGGAUAUUUUAUAAGCGUUAGACAGCGGCUGGCCUCACCUAAUAAUAUAGUAUAGCAUGUACAUAAACAAAUUUGUAAGCUUUAAGUAUAUUUUUACACAGUCUAUCUGUUAUCGUCUUGAAUGCGAUUGCUGUUUCUACCGAACUCUACUAUGACGGGCCGGCCGCUCAGUAUAGUACCGUUCACUUCUUCCAGUGCGCGUAUCGCCAGAUCUUCAGCUGAAAAUAUGCAAAUAAAAUUAAUAUUGUA